GCGUAGCAGCAGAAAUGUCGGCUGGCUAUAGCUACGCUUGAUGGUGGAAAAGGCUGUUUCGAUACCGAUAAGCGGCCCAGCCAGGUGGCCGAAUGCUACUGCUCCUGUUGUAGCUAACAGGCAAUUUGUUGGUCGGUAGCCAGCUAACUUUAGCCUUGUCAGUUUCUGGUUAGGGCCCUGUUUCUUCCGCUUGUUAUCAACGCUUCCGGAAAAUUCAAGGGCCAUGGAUUUUCCGGGCCACUUCGAGCAGAUCUUCCAGCAGCUCAACUAUCAGCGUGUCCACGGUCAGCUGUGCGACUGCGUCAUCGUGGUGGGCAGCAGACACUUCAAGGCCCACCGCUCGGUGCUGGCGGCCUGCAGCACCCACUUCAGAGCCCUGUUUACUGUUGCGGAGGGAGAUGCCAGCAUGAACAUGAUCCAGCUGGACAGCGAGGUGGUGACAGCUGAAGCUUUUGCUGCUCUGGUGGACAUGAUGUACACCUCCACAUUGAUGCUGGGGGAGAGCAAUGUCAUGGACAUCCUCCUUGCAGCCUCACAUCUGCACCUCAACAAUGUAGUCAAGGCCUGCAAACACUACCUGACCACGCGCACCCUGCCCAUGUCCCCUUCGUCCGACAGGCCCACCCAUCACCACGCUCAGCAGGAGCAGCAGAGGCACAGGCAGCAGCAGCAACAGCAACAGCAGCAGCAGCAGCAAGUCACGGAUUUAACAGUGAACCCUACCCUAACGGCUAACGCUAACCUCGCAGCAAACACUGCCACGUCAAAGUUGCAGCGCUCAUUCCUCCUGCAGCAGCUGGGGCUGAGCUUGGUGAGCUCCGCUUUGGGUGGGAUGGAGGAGGACGGGGUUGGAAGUGUAGUUGGCAGAGGAGUGGUCGAACAGAGAGCCUCCUUCCCAAUCCGGCGCUUCCACAAACGCAAGCCUUCUCUGGCCCUGGGCCUGUCAGAAGAGAGACCCAGACAAAGGCAGCGUCCCUCCGCCCCAAACCUGGGCCUAUUAGGAGAAGGAGGCAUGAACGCAGACCGAGAGGAAGGAACACUACUCUCCCCAGACUCCCACAAGAUGGGGGAUGAAUCCAAACUGGAUGCUGCAAUCACUGGCCUAGUAGGAGUCUCCCAAGACGAUCCUCAGAUGCCCAGCCAGUCGGACAGUGGACAUUGUGAGGGGGAGGACUUGGGGAGAAUGCAGGGAGGGGUGAGCAAGGAGGAGGACAUGGAAGACCAGGACAACAGAGCAGGGGUGAAGAUCAAGUCAGGGACAGAGGAGGAGGAGGUUGAAGAGCAGAAGGUGGUCGUUAAACGAGAGCCGCUGAGCUCGCCUGAGCCAACUGAUGAAAUCAGCGACGUGACAUCGCAGGCUGAAGGCAGCGACCCGGCUGAGCCCGGAGGCCAGGAGGAGGAGGAGAAGGCGGAGCUGAGCCCAGAGAGCAGCGAUCGCAGCUUCACCUCUGAACCCCAACCCAGCUCUGACUCUCUGCUGCAGCCCAGCUCGCAGCUUCUCCUCAAGAGCAGCAUGGGAGGAGGCGGCGGAGUUGGAGGAGCUUUUGGGUGUAAUAAUGGACUGAGUGGCAAACCCGGUUUUAGUAUUUCUAGCUUCCUCAGCCCUAAAGAUUUCGGAAGUGGUGGGGCAGGGUUGAUUGCUGGAGAGGAUGACCUCCCCAACACAACCACUGGCGAUGUAGCACAUCACUUCCUGCUCAGACAGGAAGCUGCUGGGCCAUCUGGCUCUGCCUCUUCCUCUCUUCUGCAGUCGGGUCCGCUCGGUGGCGACGGCGGCAACAGUUUUGGAGACAACCUGCAAGCUGAUUCUCUAUUCCUCCGCCCCCUGCAUGAUGGUUUAGGGAACCCUAGAGGAAGCGGGGGAAGUGGAAGUGGAGGGCCUGGAGGAGUAGAUCCCUUUGGUUUGGACUUCCAGCGCUCUAGCCUGGGGCUUCACUCCCUGGGGCGACCCUCACGAGUCGCAGGAGGAGGGACAGCCGCCGCUCUGGGUUAUCCAGGUUACAGACGUAUCGCUCCGAAAAUGGCCAACGGCAUGGGAGGAGAGGAGGGAACAAGUGGCGUUCUGCAGGACGCCGCCUCUUCCUCCUCAAGUCUGGCAAGUCCUCUGCUUCUAAACAAGAGCGGUGGGUACGAGAUGAACAGUGGCAGGCCCACCUCCCUCCCCCCUCAGCUGACGCGAGCUUCAGCCGACGUCCUGUCGAAGUGCAAGAAGGCCCUGUCGGAGCAUAAUGUGCUGGUGGUCGAGGGAGCUCGGAAAUACGCCUGUAAAAUCUGCUGCAAAACCUUCCUCACCUUGACUGACUGUAAGAAACACAUCCGAGUCCACACAGGAGAGAAACCCUACGCAUGUCUGAAGUGUGGGAAGCGCUUCAGUCAGUCCUCCCACCUAUACAAGCAUUCCAAGACCACCUGCCUGCGCUGGCAGAACAGUAACAUGUCCAACGCCCUGCUGUAGGGCCCGGGUUCCUGCAUCAAAGUAGAGUGAGCCGACAGGAUGAAUGCAUUAGAAAUCAGUGAUGGGCAGAAUUUCAAGUCCCUAAAAUGUUUAGAUUUUUCUGAAAGCUGUGACAGAUGUUCUGUGCAAACUAAGCAGUCCUGCUCACAGACCAAAGACAGGGAUGAUAAUGUAAUCAUACGUUUUCUUUUCUAGGAGGAACCCACACUAUCAAGUCAGUAAAACUUAUCCUAAAGACAUUUCGCCUGUUGAAAGAUUGUUAGACAUGCAAAGCGCUACAUUUAUUGCUAUGGAUUCCAUCCACAGAUAAACACUGUAAGCUCCCCUGUAGAACUAUCUUAAGUAUUAUGAUCCGGGCCAGUCUGGGCUUGGCUUUGAAAGCAACCUCACUGUUGGCUACAUUGUAAAUGGAGUCAUGCGGGCCUUCUCGUUGUUAAGUGAAAUGUAGAUCUGUUGAGGUGAUCCCUUCAUGCUGAACAUUUGUAGUUUGUGGUACUCCUAUGGAAGCAAAUCCAUAAUUAUAACACUCAGUCUGAGUGUUUGCAGAUCAGAGGCAGCUGGCAGCACCAACAUUAGGAACAAAUGUUAUGUAAAAAGUGUCCUGACGUGUUCAUUUUUCAUUGCACAUUUGUUAAACAUGUAGCAACGUCCAACACAGGACUGCUGAGUCACUGUGCCCAUGCAUAAUUGACUGUGCCUCGUCGUAUAGAGUGUGGACUGACUGAUUCAGUUUGGGUUCCAGGUGUAACGCCUGUAAGAACUGUUGAUACUCUACAAGAAUCUAGAUGUCAGCAGUCAGAUUCAGUCCUGUGAGCCAAGCCGAGGUAGUGCUGAAUUCUCUAACUUUCUGCAGUUCAACGGGCAGGUAACACAACAGAAUCUACUGUCGUGUUUGUGUUGUUUAGUUUUGUUACUUUUUCUACCCUGCUGUUGGUAUGCAGGGAAAAUGUGGUCAACUGGACAAGUAAUAUGAACUUGGUUCCAUUACAUGAUUGAAUUUAAGGCCAUUGACAUUGUUGAGAUGUGAGAUGUUUGACCUCAAUAGCUGCCUUUCAAUUCAAGCACCUUUGAAUUACCAUCAUCAGAAGUGUCACUGAGUGCAGUUCAGGUUUAAAAUAUGUCUGGUGGCUGGCAAGAUAAUCCAGUUUGCUCUGAUGGGGCCUUCACACGUCAUGUACACCUGUAGUUUGUCAAAUACAAGUUUAAGAGAAAUGGGAAACUUUGAAUUGCACUAAUCAGCUCUUUUCCCCCAAUUUGCACUUGCCAGCAGAGCUAUUAACCUUACAACUAACUUCUGUUGUUUAGGGGAGAGAAAAAAAAUGAGGGAGAGAUCAGCGUGAACAUGCACCAUCUCUCUAUUAAAAGCAGGAAGAAAUCUGCAUUCAAUCGUCUCUUUUUGAGAAAACAAACAUUGAUGUAAUUUUGCAUUAUAAUGCCAUUUCAAUACCUAAAUAACAACACCGCAGGAAAAGUUGCUCUAAAUGCACCUUAUUUUGUGUCAUGGUGUGCAAAGAUACAGCACUAAGUGAUUAUCCUUCCUUAUUGGUUACUGACUGGGAAUGACCACAGAGAGUUGGGCUGAGGCCAGCAAAUUUACUGACCGUCCACACAUCAGCCAAGUUUUCCAGAUCGCUGGUGUCGUUGUGUGUACAGUGUGUGUGUGUGUGUUUAUUAAAAGGGCAAUGAAGUUGCGCCAAGAGGCAAAGUCGUAAAUAUUGCACAGUUAGUUAGUUUCAUCAUUUUUCUCUUCGAGGAGAGACAAAACAAUUUAUGAAGAACAAAACAUUUGCCUCAGUUUGUUUCUGUACUUGAUAAUGGUGCUUUAUACAUGUCUCUUCAGACAUCUAGAUCUAUCACAAAAGCACUUAGACAAUUCAUUCUUUUUUGUGACUAGUAUGUUUACUGGAAUGUUGAACUAUGUGAAAACGUUGCUGUAUUGCAAUUAUCCAACUCUACCAGCUCUCAAGGGUUUUUUUGUCUGUUACAUUACCGUCAGGAUGAGUUUGCAAGCUAAGGGUUGUAGCACGUUUGCUAGCAGGAGAUCUGUAAUACACCAUUUCAACAAAAAAAUACACAUGUCAUUUUUAAAAAGUUAAUUUGAGGAGUUUUAGCUGUUUUUGAUGCAUGUAGCUGUGUUUUGGUGUAACUCGAUAAAUGCUGUCAUGUCCUGUUAGUUUGACAGCUCUGUUUCAACUGACAAUUUGGGUAAGAUUCAGAAGGAGAAGGAAUCUUAAUUUGUAACAUGUAAAGGAUUUUUUACAUCAACCCAGUUUUAGAUGCCUGACCUCCUGCAGGUUGUAAAUAAGAGCAGCUUCAUUGGUAGACAGUUGGUUAAUUGAAAUCAGUGUUCAUGCAGUGUUGUAGAGUUCUGUUUUAGUGAACCAAAAUGAAAAAGUAACACUUUAAAAUACAUGUUUGCCUUCUUGUAGACUUAUUGCUUGCUGUAUUGUGUCGCCUACACUGUCGAUGAGAACCACAUGGUCAUCGCUUCCAUUUCUAGUUGGCACAUUAUUGUACUGUAGAGUCAUCCCACUGUUAACCUGUACAACAUUUUGUUUGAAGCAUAUGUUAAAGGAUAAUCUCGACUUUUUACUUCAGAAGAAAAAUUGCCUUGUAGGAUGCUCUCCCUGCAAACAUAAGCUAACCCUCCGUUUGCCCUGAAAUUCUUAAGAGUAUGGAAUCAAUAGUAAAGUCUCUAAAGCUCAGCCACAGAAUUUAAAAUGAUGGUUCAGUGUUAAAUCUGACAUGUUCCUCUGUGUUCUCUACUCACAUUCAGCCUCCCCCGCGUUCUGGAAAGAGGUAGCUGGGAUAUCCUCUAGAGAAAUUACAAAGGUGUAGAGGUGAUGAGUCGAAGGAGAGAUGUAGUCCUCUGAAAUGACUCCCAUGUCUCACACAGUGGCCUGUUCAGGAUUAUUAUGGUGCUGUAUUCUGAAGCUGUUGCAUUAACGGUAAAUGUGAAUCUCUGAAAAAUGCACUGACUGUAUUAGCCCUGUAUAAAUAUGCCAAAAUGUUAAAAGACAUGAAAGGCCUAAAUUGAUUAUGAAAGUCACUGCCUUAUGCCCUCUAGCUUGAAAAGCUGGGCCUCUGUUGAUAUGCCAAAUCUGAAGUAUUUCUGUGCUGUUGUUGUUUUCUGUGUACCUAACAUAGUGUAACCAUGAGAGGAGUAAAUGUUUGUCUCUUUCCUGUUGAAGGCUAUGAAGAUUGUAUAGUAUGUUCAGUUGUUGCAUAGACUGAAUAAA